AUGGCGGAGGGGCGAAGCCUGGACUUCCAUGCGACGAGCUCGCUGAAUCAGGCGCUCAUGGCGAAGCCCGUCUCCUAUGCCAAGGACAACCUUGGGAACAGGGAGGCGCUCGACAAGGCGAAGCACAGGACGGAGGUCGCGGACAUGGGUUGGAGGGAGCGGAAGGAGAAGGAGCAGGCGGAGUCAGAGGUGAGGUACCUCACGAAGACAGCAUGGCAUAUUGGCAGCGGGUACAACUAUGGCGUCGGAUUCACCGACCAACAUGGUUGGAACUCCAUCGGGAGCAACCUUGGCGCCUCGCCUCCUCGGCUGUACGAGUAUGCCGGGCUGACAGUGAGGGAGUUCACCAAGACGAGCGGGCCGUUCAUGCAGGAUCAGAGGAAGGAUGAAAGGAUAGGAGACAUGCUGGUGAGCAAGCAGGAGAGGCAUGAAACAGCGAAGAUGAACACAUCGAAGAACAUCAAGCUGAUCAACGAGUUCCUAGAGCCCUACGUGGUCGAGUACAUGAACCGUGUGAAGUACAAGCUGAAGGAGGACGAAGGAGCGAUCGAGGAGCUCUUCAUGCAGCUCAACGAUGAGUUCCUGACCAGUAUCGACAUGGCGAAGAUCCAGGGGAUCUGGGUGGAGUACCAGGAGCACAGCUCUCUGCGGGAGACCUGGAUCGCUGAGUUCGAGGAGCAGACGGAGCAGUUGGAAAUUCAGAGGGGAGCCCUGGUGCAGAACGAGCUCAAGUCCCUGGGCAUAAUCCUGCUUGACAUCGCGCAUGAGCUGCGGGGGCCUAUAGAGCGCUACCUGGAGGAUGAAGCGUACAAGCAGAACCAUGUCAUCUUGAACAACAGGAGGGCGUAUGCUGAUAUCAUCCAGCGGCUGAGGGUGCACGAGAUCGAGAGGGACAAGAAGGCGAGGAGCAGGUGGGAGCUGCGCAAGGUAGCAUGGUACGAUACUCUCCAUGACCGGGCGGUGGCCAAGUGCAAGGCGACGCUGGAGAGCAAGAACUACUCGCAGCCCAAGAAGCGCGACACGCUGUACGGGGCCCUCAGGUCCCAGCAGACGAUCUUGUUCGAGAGGCGGCUGAACAUGUGGAUGGACUUGCAAAGCCUUGUCCCUCCCUCCCUCACCGUCGACAAGGCCAAGACCUGGACCGAGCAGCUGCAGUCGCUGGACGCGGAGCAGGAGCUGGAGAUCAAGCAGCGCUGCGGGGCGAUCAGGAAGUUCGAGAUCGAGCACUUCGAGGAGAGCAGGAAAGUUAUCGAGAGCAUGAAGAAGGAGCUGAAGGGAUAUGCCGAGAUGACGGACGCUGAGAUGCCCUCGGAGCAGGAGCUGCAGGAGACCUCGGCGGAGUUCGAGGCGUUGAUCACCAAGAGGAAGGAGCUGGGAUUGGAGGCCGUGCGCCAAUGUUCGGAGACUCUUGUGCUACAGCUGGAGUACGUGAAGACCCCAGGGCUCGAGCUGGGGAGGUUGAUCAGCGUAAUUGCAAAGAUUUGCGAAGAUCAGGAUGAGAAGGUGAAGCAGAUGAGGGUCGGGCACACGUCGGAGAUGGAGAGGCUGAAGGAGGAGAACGCGAGCUCGGAGAUCAAGCUGGAGGACGAGUUCGAGUACUGGAUGACGCAGAUGCGGCAAGAUCAGAGCGCCGAAAGCCUCAAGGAAAAGCUGCCCCUUGCCCUCGAUGCCCUCGACAAGAUCAAGGGGGAGUAUCGGCGGUACUACGAGGCAGGGAUGGAAGAGACGAGAAACUUCGAGGAGAAGAUGAGAAGUCAGCUCGAGGAGAUCGACGGGCUGAUCUUGACGCGACUGGCCCUGUCCAACGAGGUGGUUGAGAAGGAGGAGGAGAAGGAGGAGGAGAAGGAGGAGGGCGAAAAGGAGGGAGAAGACGACGAAUCCUUCCUCCUCGACGAUGACGAGGCGGCAGUAGGAGAAGAGUUUGAGUACGUCACACUCGAGUCGAGCAGGAGGAUCUUCGUGCAAGACCGUACCGUCCCCACGCAUGCUCACCAUGGCGUUGGAAUCCUUGAGAUCCCGCGCAAGCUGCCGCAGGAGAUUGAGGAGGAGGCAAGGCUGGCGGAGGAGCGAGCGCAGCAGGAGAGGGAGGCAGAGGCAGAAGACCCUGAGCCAGAGGCUCCCAAGCCCGAGGAGGAGGAGGAGGAGGAGGAGGGCGAAGGAGGCGAGAAGAAGCCCAAGUUCAUCGCGAACGCCAUGGAGUCUCCUCUCAACCCCUUCUCUCCGUGGGGGAACGAGCCUCUGCUCGAGGUCCUCGAGAUUCCCGUCGCCUCCAUCGUUGCGGUGAGGAGGACGCAGAGGAGGGGCCUGCUGGAGUACAAGAGCAGGCACGACAACGAAGCGUUGAAAGUGACGGACGAGACGGUCAAGUCGGAGCAGGAGAACUUGACGGUCGAGCUCGACGAGCGGCUCCGCCGUUGGGCCCCCAGACCCGGGCAGGCGGAAAUGGACGUGUACGAGACUCAGUUCUCGUCGAUGAUCGCAGAAGCUGAGAACGCGCUGCUGGAGCAUCGGGAGGCGCAGAGGAACAGGGUGGAGAGCCUGUCGCAGGCUACUAACACCUCCCAGCUCGCCAACUACCAGCGGCUGGCGAAGCUGGAGUACUCGAGCUUCCUGGAGGCGGCGGGGGAGAGGUUGGAGAGGCUGCGGGGGUUUGCCGGAGAGGCUCUGCAGGGGCUGAAGAAGAUGAACAAGCAGUUCUUGGACAGCUGCCUUGUCUUCGAGGAGCUCGGGGGCCCAGCGGGCAAGGGAGGGCUCUACAACCCAGAAGAGGUCGCAGCGUACCGCCUGUACCUGGACGAGCUGGACGCGGAUGCUGCUGAGCGGCAGCUGGAGUGGAUCAAGUACGGGGAGCAGCUGCUGGAGGGGCACAAGAAGGCUGCUGAGGAGGAGCUGGAGAAGUUCCAGGGGUCGAUAGCGCACGUGGAGACGGACAUCAGGUUGCUGGAGAGCGUGGACAAGGAGAUCAGGACUUGUUCCCUCAUGCAGCAGCAAGAGGUACAGCGGUGCGAGGCCAGGAUGGAGGCGGUGGAGGGGAAGCUGGUGGAGCUGGAGGGGCUGUGUGCUGGGGCUCCGCUCUCCCUGUCCGAGAGCUACAAAUCUAUCAGGCUGGAGGACGAGGAGGAGGAGGAGAAGUACCAGCAAAGUCCCCUCUCCCUCCGCCUCCUCGUCUGCCUCGAGUCGAUUCGCUGGCGGACGCUGCAGAUGGUGAGGUACACAGAGUGCCUGCAGUCGAAUAUCCAGCUGGAGGAGGUAGAGCUCGUUCCUUCACAGCAGCUGCCCCAGCCCGACGUGCCUGAGGAGCUGAAGGAGCUGAUGGAGGAGUCGGAGUACCUGCAGAAGCUGAAGCCGAUCCUCUGGCCCGAGAAGGAGGAAGCGGAGGGCGGGGAGGAGGAGAAGGCAGAGGAGGAGGUUCCGAAGGAGGAGAGCCCAGCUGAGAGGUACGCGGAGGUGCUGAAGUCGCGGGAGGCAGUGGAGGAAUUGGAGGGGACGUUCAAGGAGGCGAUCGAGAAGAUACAGGAGAGGCAGCGGGAGGUCCUUCAGCAGCUCGUGUCCAGCUACUUCGAGGAGCUCGGGGACAGAGAGAUCACGAGGAAGGCCGGGGCUGCCGCGACGACGAGCGAGCGAUACAUACCCGACAAGCCUGAGGACUUCACGGCCAAGAACGAGGCGAGGCUGACGGAGCUCAAGGAGAGCGCCAUGCUAAACAUGCAGAAGAAGGUACGAAGCUUGAGGUCGAUAGUGGCGAGGAUCUCAACGGCCAUGGGGAAGGUGCCCAACGCCUUCUUCCAGAACAUCGCAGAACGUGCAAGGAGGAGGUCGAGGAUGCUGCGGAAGUCGGUGGAGGCGAGAUUCGCGGAGGAGAAAGAGAGAUGGACGGAGCUGAGGGAGGAGAACAGCGUGAAGCUGAAGCCCUCCCUUGGGAACACCAACGCCAGGACGGAGCUCGACGCGCUGUGCGCGGUUGAGGAGGAGAGGCAUCGGCGGGCGAUGGAGGUCACGGAAGAGAGCAUGUUCAAGAGCAUCAAGAUCGAGUCGGACGAGAGCUGGAGCUUCUUCUGCGAGAUCGUGCAUGCAACCCGAGCCCUCCUCCUCCUCUACGACACCAUCGUUCAGCCCGCAGACCUUGUGCCGACGGACGAGGACGUCAUAGCGGUCCGCAAGAGCCUCCUGAGCAAUAUGCGGGAGCACGCGAAGAUCAAGGAGGGGACGGCGGGCAGGGAGCUGCCGGAGGGGAAGGCAUUUCCUGUCAAGUCCUGGAAGGGGAUCCAAGUGGGGGAGUUCGGAGCCAACGCUGUCCUACAGCUGGUGCAUGCUAUAGAGAGAGACUCUUCCAUCACAUCGAAAGAGCUCCUGUCGAAGAUCCGCACGGAGCCCGGGGAGGAGCUGCAGGCAAACGACUCCAUGAAUCAUGCCGUUGCCUUGAAGAUGAGGGAUCGGAACUACACGCAGUUCCGUCUCUACUUCAUCACCCAGGUGGAGAAGAUUCUGCGGGAGUACAGCUCUGUGACAAGAGAAGAGAAGAGAUGGGCGCUCAACUGGUCAUCUCUAGUGCAGUCGUUGAAGAACUCAUGAUAGAUCGUGAGGAGGAGGAUAUCAUCCUCUUUCUCUCUGUGUGAUACUGAUGAAAAUCAAAACAAGAACAUCGGCAACAGCAGCAGCAGCAGCAGCAAGAACAAUACAAUCAUCAACAAC